GCCCUGGCUGGCGGGCAGCAUGGUUCAUUCCAGCAUGGGGGCUCCAGAAAUAAGAAUGUCUAAGCCCCUGGAGGCCGAGAAACAAAGUCUGGACUCCCCAUCAGAGCACACAGACACCGAAAGAAAUGGACCCGACAUUAACCAUCAGAACCCCCAGAAUAAAGCGUCCCCAUUCUCUGUGUCCCCAACUGGCCCCAGCACCAAGAUCAAGGCUGAAGACCCCAGUGGUGAUUCAGCCCCAGCAGCACCCCCGCCCCCCCAGCCGGCUCAGCCUCAUCUGCCCCAGGCCCAACUCAUGUUGACAGGCAGCCAGCUAGCUGGGGACAUACAGCAACUCCUCCAGCUCCAACAGCUGGUGCUUGUCCCCGGCCACCACCUCCAGCCACCCGCUCAGUUCCUGCUGCCACAGGCACAGCAGAGUCAGCCAGGCCUGCUACCAACGCCAAAUCUAUUCCAGCUACCUCAGCAAACCCAGGGAGCUCUCCUGACCUCCCAGCCUCGGGCUGGGCUUCCUACACAGCCCCCAAAAUGCUUGGAGCCGCCAUCCCACCCGGAGGAGCCCAGUGAUCUGGAGGAGCUGGAACAGUUCGCUCGCACCUUCAAGCAACGGCGCAUCAAGCUGGGCUUCACACAGGGUGAUGUGGGCCUGGCCAUGGGCAAGCUCUAUGGCAACGACUUCAGCCAAACGACCAUUUCCCGCUUCGAGGCCCUUAACCUGAGCUUCAAGAACAUGUGUAAACUCAAGCCCCUCCUGGAGAAGUGGCUCAACGACGCAGAGACUAUGUCUGUGGACUCAAGCCUACCCAGCCCAAACCAGCUGAGCAGCCCCAGCCUGGGUUUCGACGGGCUGCCGGGGCGGAGACGCAAGAAGAGGACCAGCAUAGAGACGAAUGUCCGCUUCGCCUUAGAGAAGAGUUUCCUAGCGAACCAGAAGCCUACCUCAGAGGAGAUCCUGCUGAUCGCAGAGCAGCUGCACAUGGAGAAGGAAGUGAUCCGCGUCUGGUUCUGCAACCGGCGCCAGAAGGAGAAACGCAUCAACCCUUGCAGUGCGGCCCCCAUGCUGCCCAGCCCGGGAAAGCCGACCAGCUACAGCCCUCACCUGGUCACACCCCAAGGGGGCGCAGGGACCUUACCAUUGUCCCAAGCUUCUAGCAGUCUGAGCACAACAGUUACUACCUUAUCCUCAGCUGUGGGGACGCUCCAUCCCAGCCGGACAGCAGGAGGGGGUGGGGGUGGGGGCGGAGCCGCGCCCCCCCUCAAUUCCAUCCCCUCUGUUACUCCCCCACCCCCGGCCACCACCAACAGCACAAACCCGAGCCCUCAAGGCAGCCACUCGGCUAUCGGCUUGUCAGGCCUGAACCCCAGCGCGGGAAGCACAAUGGUGGGGUUGAGCUCUGGGCUGAGUCCAGCUCUCAUGAGCAACAACCCUUUGGCCACUAUCCAAGCCCUGGCCUCUGGUGGAACCCUGCCCCUUACCAGCCUUGAUGGCAGCGGGAACCUGGUGCUGGGGGCAGCCGGUGCGGCCCCAGGGAGCCCCAGCCUAGUAACCUCGCCUCUCUUCUUGAACCACACCGGGCUGCCCCUGCUCAGUGCCCCGCCAGGCGUGGGCCUGGUCUCGGCAGCGGCUGCAGCCGUGGCAGCAUCCAUCUCCAGCAAGUCUCCUGGUCUCUCCUCAUCUUCUUCGUCCUCUUCAUCCUCCACCUGCAGUGAUGUGGUAGCACAGACCUCUGGAGGCCCAGGGGGACCCGAGGCGGGGUCCAAAGCUGAGUGAGAGCCGACCAUGCCUCCCCUCCUACUCCUCUGAGUCCCCUGACCUUGGUCCCCUGCCCAAAAGAGGGUGAGGAGGCUGGUGGGGGAUACAGUGGAUCCUUGGAGCAGGAGUGAUGAAGGAGGAAAAGACCAAAAAUCCAACCAAAAAGAAAACAAAAAACAAAAACAAAAAAACCAACCGACAAAAAAGAAAACCAAAAAUAUUCACAACAGAAACCAGCUGCCCUAAAGGAACCAGAGAUGAAAAACAAAGAAAUGAACAGAAAAACACCUCCAAACUAAUCAAACAUCCCCAACCCCAAACCAAACAAACCAAAAACCAGUCUUGAGCCAGAUCCUGGAGUGCUCACUGCUAUGACACCAAAUAAGAACCUUCAGCCAGGAGUGGAGCAGCCUCCAGCAGAGCGGACCUCAUGCAGGGAGCCCUGGCUGUGGGGCCACCUCCUAACCUUACCCCACUGGGGGUGGGCAGAGAAGGAACCAGAGAAUGUGCCAGCUUGCUGGCCCAGCCCCAGCUCUGGGCCAAUGGAGACAGGUACUGCCUGGGGCAGGAGGCCCAGGGCCCAGAGCCACCUACCAAAUGGUCUUUUCCAAAGGUAAAAGAGAAAGGACCCGAACAACCUUACACCAAAUACUCAAUAGCUUCAUCCAAAGGAUGUACAGAGUUUUUAGCGUUGUGCUCAACAGAAUGUGUGUCCCUUCUACAUGUUCCCGCUCCCCAGCCCCCACUCUCCCCAACAGGGCAGGGGGUCUCGCUUUAAACUCCUCUCCCGCCACCCACCCCCAGCCUGGGGAGAGUUCAGAGGAAGGCCUGGGAACGGGCUUUUUUGUCCUCUGCUCCUUCCUUUCUCCCUUUGAAGGGUGGGCUAGGCCAUUUUUUGCCGAGUUCCAGCUCUCAAAAGCCCCUCCUCAGCCCUGUCACCUUUCUGCUCUGGAAUCUACCUCCUCCCCAGUCUGUGGGAAGGUGGUCAGUUCAAGCAAAGGGGGAUACGGUGAGGGUAUCCAAGUUGUCUUUCUUCCCAGCCUGUCUGUCAG